AUGGGCCACCGUAUUAAAUUGGUGUCUCAUGGUGAAUAAUCCUCUUAGAAGGAAAUGGGGGAGAAAUCAAACCAAGCCAGCGAUUCGAGGAGUUACUCCGAUGCAUCGAACAAAGAUACACCCCAUGGAGGACGUAGAGGUAUCUCCGUUGCCGAGAGUUUCGCUAUCGGUGGUGUCGCCUCCGUCAUCUCUGUGUCAGCCACCGCUCCACUGGACAGAAUUCGAAUCCUGCUGCAGUGUAACCAUGAAAUAAAUAGGUCAGGUCGGCUCUUGGAGCCAUACCGAGGCGUCAUCGACUGUACGCGAAGGAUAUACAGAACUGAGGGUUUUCUGUCCCUCUGGAGGGGAAACGUGAUCGCGUGUGUGAAGUACCUCCCAGAGCAGGCUAUUCAUUUCGCCUUGAAGGAUGCUGUGGCAAAAGUCAUGAACGUGUCCAAAAAUGAUAGCCCCGGAGUAAGAUUCAGCAAAAAUCUGACAGCAGGGGCCCUCGGAGGGUUCUCAUCUCAUGCUCUGCUGUAUUCCUUCGACUACUGCAGAACCAGAUUAGCGGCUGAUAUUCUGCAUGCGGGUACAGAUGGAAAGAAGCAGCGCCAGUUCAAGGGUAUCUUUGAUGUUUAUAGGAAGACACUGCGUUCCGAUGGAAUUGUGGGAUUGCAUCGCGGAUUCAUGGUUUCCUGUAUGGGAGUCGUUGUUUACCGGGGAGCGUACUUCGGUCUGUAUGAUACACUGAGACCAAUGUUUCUGAACUACGAAGGAGCGACACUGAUAUUAACUGGCUUCUUAUUGGGAUAUGUUACGACGAUUGUGGCAGGGAUUAUAUCCUAUCCGUUGGAUACUAUCCGCCGGCGGAUGAUGAUGAGGAGCUGUGAACAGGUCAAGUACAAAGGCUGGGUAGACUGUGUUAGAUAUGCUUACAGAAAUGAAGGACUCCUGAGUUUGUAUGGAGGAGUAUCUAUUAAUAUUAUGAAAAGUUUUGCCAGUCUACCAAUUUUGAUAUUUUACGACGGAUUUAAGACACUAUUCACAAGAUAUCGUCUUGAAAAUGACUGAUAUGUAUAUUCGUUUCAAAUCUCCAAGAAUUCUUGGACUUGCACUUGUAUCUUAUUUGAAUUGUAAGGACGGAAGUAGUAAAAUGCAUAUCCAUAGAGAGUUUUCAGAUAACACUUUUUAUAUGUUAAGGUUGAAGGGAAAAUAAAUUGUCAAU